AUGGCGGCUACACCUGGAUAUCGUUUCUGCGCUGUUUCUCUUGCGAUCAUUCUCGGUAUCUCCUUCUUCUUCUCCGGUAUUGCCACGGCGCAGUUAUCUGUCUCCUUCUACGCCAAGACUUGUCCGUCCGUCUUCGAAACGGUGCGUGCUGGUGUGAGGUCGGCUCUCAAUGCGGAAACACGUAUGGGAGCAUCCAUUCUGCGUCUCUUCUUCCAUGAUUGCUUUGUCAAUGGAUGCGAUGGAGGUAUCCUUCUUGAUGUUGACAACGGAGAGAAGGAGGCUGUCCCUAACCUCACCCUCAGGGGAUUCGAAGUCAUCGACAGUAUCAAGUCGCAGGUCGACGGUAGUUGCGGCGGCGGCGCCGUUGUUUCCUGCUCUGACAUCCUCGCCAUUGCUGCUCGCGACUCCGUCGUAGAGAUGGGAGGACCGACUUAUGAGGUGCCCUUGGGAAGGAGAGAUGCCAGGACUUCCAACAAAGACGAUGCCAGCCAGUUGCCGUCACCAUUCAAAGACCUGGACGACCUCGCCAAGAAGUUUCAGAACAAGGGGUUCAGCAUGAGGGAGAUGGUCGCCCUUUCCGGUGCUCACACCGUCGGCUUCGCUCGCUGCAGCAUCUUCCGCGAACGCAUCUAUAACGAGACCGACAUCGACCCCGACUUUGCUGCCACGCUCCAAAACGUCUGUCCGAGGACCGACGACGACGGCGACGGCGGCGACGUCUUGGCGCCGUUGGACCAUCUGAGCCCCAUGCGGUUCGGCAACAACUACUUCCAGGCGCUGCUGAACAGGAGGGGCCUGCUUCAUUCGGACCAAGUCCUCUUCAAUGGCGGCUCUGCAGACGAAAUUGUCAGGACAUACGCCAAUGACGGCAAAGCUUUCAGUGUGGACUUCGCCAACGCCAUGGUGAAGUUGGGAAACUUGAUCCCUCCCACCGACGAUGGGGAGGUGAGAGUGAGCUGCCGGAGGGUCAACUGAUCAG